UCAUCGCUGCUGCCAGGUCCAGAGUGUCUCAUGGGUCCCACUGUACGGCCUCCCAUUGCUGCUGUCUCCAUCGCCACACUCCUGCCAUGUGGCCCACUUUCAGGUCUCCUCACACUGCUGGUGUGUUCCAUUUUUUUUGUCAUAGGGUGCUGGCAGAUUACGGGCCUCCCAUAGCUGCUGCCAGGCCCCUAAUCUGCCAUGGGCCCCUGUACCGCCCUCCUCAUGCUGCUGCCAGGUCCAGAGUGUCUCAUGGUCCCUGUACGGCCUCCCAUUGCUGCUGUCUCCAUCACACACUGCCAUGUGCCACUUUCAGGUCUCCUCACACUGCUGGUGUGUUCCAUUUAUUG